CGGUAGGGGCCAGCCGACUACACUAUUAUGACAGGUCCCCUGUUUACUAGUUGUGGUUUAAAUCGUUAUGUUUGCUUAUAUACGAGUCACUGGCUAAAACCUACAACGAACCGGUUUACGCGGAUAUCAUCCUUUUGUUUCUUAUCCUUGCACAUUUAUAGCUUUGUCUUUUCUCGUCGCAAUUUAGCAUUAGCUUUGUAGCUAGCUCUUGUUUUUAGCAUCGACCGUGUAGCGAGCUGCUAUCCGGAAGUUUGAUUUCUGUACAGGUUAAAUAUGACAUUUGCGGCAGAUGAUCUUCCCUGAUACGUGCUCACGUUGGUUGAGUGGAGAAAAAUGUCGUGCAAAUCAACCAAAGUGGCUCCAAGUGUUGACUUUGACCACAGUUGUUCCGACAGCGUGGAAUACCUCACAUUAAAUUUUGGUCCUUUUGAGACUGUUCACCGUUGGAGAAGGCUUCCUCCGUGUGAUGAGUUUGUUGGAGCAAGGCGCAGCAAACACACUGUCGUGGCAUAUAGAGAUGCUAUCUACGUGUUUGGGGGAGACAAUGGCAAGAACAUGUUGAAUGACUUGCUCCGUUUUGAUGUGAAGGACUGCUCUUGGUGUAGGGCCUUCACCACAGGAACCCCACCUGCUCCCCGAUACCACCAUUCAGCUGUGGUCUAUGGCAGCAGCAUGUUUGUUUUUGGAGGGUAUACUGGAGACAUAUAUUCCAACUCCAACCUAAAAAAUAAAAAUGAUCUCUUUGAAUACAAGUUUGCAACAGGACAGUGGACGGAAUGGAAAGUAGAGGGGAGCCUGCCAGUGGCUCGCUCAGCUCACGGAGCCACAGUUUACAGUGAUAAAUUGUGGAUAUUUGCAGGUUAUGAUGGGAAUGCCAGGUUGAACGACAUGUGGACCAUCAGCCUGCAGGACAGAGAGCAUGCAUGUUGGGAAGAGAUUGAGCAGAGUGGCGAGAUUCCUCCGUCUUGCUGCAACUUCCCUGUAGCUGUAUGCAGGGACAAGAUGUUUGUCUUUUCGGGCCAGAGCGGAGCCAAGAUAACCAACAACCUCUUCCAGUUUGAAUUCAAUGGCCACAUGUGGACCCGCAUUCCCACUGAACAUUUGCUACGAGGCUCUCCGCCACCUCCUCAGCGGCGUUAUGGCCACACAAUGGUUGCCUUCGACCGCCAUUUGUAUGUGUUCGGCGGGGCUGCUGAUAACACUCUGCCCAAUGAGCUGCACUGCUAUGAUGUGGACUCUCAGAGCUGGGAGGUGAUCCACCCCAGUCUGGACAGUGAGAUGCCAAGUGGGAGGCUCUUCCAUGCAGCUGCUGUGAUUCAAGACGCUAUGUACAUUUUUGGAGGGACUGUGGACAACAAUGUUCGCAGUGGGGAGAUGUACAGGUUUCAGUUUUCUUGCUAUCCAAAGUGUACUCUCCAUGAAGACUAUGGUAAAUUGUGGGAGAACCGACAGUUCUGUGACGUGGAAUUUAUUCUAGGAGAGCGAGAAGAAAGAGUUCUGGGACAUAUAGCUAUUGUGACGGCCAGAUGCCAGUGGCUGCGUAAGAAAAUCCUGCAGGCUCGGGAAAGACAGCGACAGAGGACCAAACAGGACAGCAGUGAGGAGAGUGAUGAAGGGGCCACAAGAGGUGGAACUCACAAGCUAUCGGGCAGACAGCCAAUGCUGGAAGUAUCCAUCAGGGAAGCAGAAGCCCAGCCUUUUGAAGUGUUAAUGCAGUUUCUCUACACAGACAAGAUUCAGUACCCACGCAGAGGUCAUGUUCAGGAUGUUCUCCUAAUCAUGGACGUUUACAAACUAGCCCUGAGUUUCAAACUCUCCCGCUUGGAGCAGUUGUGUGUUCAGUACAUCGAGGCUUCUGUUGACCUGCAGAACGUUCUCAGUGUUUGUGAAAAUGCAAACAAGCUCCAACUUGACCAGCUAAAGGAACAUUGCCUUAAUUUCGUGGUGAAAGAAUCCCACUUCAACCAGGUGAUCAUGACGAGAGAGUUUGAACAUCUGUCCACGCCACUGAUUGUGGAGAUAGUCCGACGAAAGCAGCAGCCCCCUCCGAGAUUGUACUCUGACCAGCCUGUGGACAUUGGCACCUCCCUAGUGCAGGACAUGAAGGCGUACCUAGAAGGAGGGGGCCUUGAGUUCUGUGAUAUUAUCCUGCUGUUAGAUGGGCACCCUCGACCCGCUCAUAAAGCCAUACUAGCAGCUCGUUCCAGUUAUUUCGAGGCCAUGUUCCGCUCCUUCAUGCCAGAGGACGGCCAGGUUAAUAUCUCUAUCGGUGAGAUGGUUCCCAGUAAGCAGGCAUUCGAGUCCAUGCUACGCUACAUCUACUAUGGGGAUGUUAACAUGCCUCCAGAAGAUUCUCUUUAUCUGUUUGCUGCACCAUAUUAUUACGGCUUUUCAAAUAACAGGCUGCAAGCUUAUUGCAAGCAAAAUCUGGAGAUGAAUGUCACCGUGGAGAACGUUUUGCAGAUUCUGGAGGCGGCCGAUAAGACUCAGGCUCUGGACAUGAAGAAGCAUUGCCUACACAUAAUUGUCCACCAGUUCAUCAAGGUAUCCAAGCUCCCCAACCUGCGUUCUCUCAGCCAGUUGCUGCUGUUGGACAUCAUUGAGUCUCUAGCUACACACAUAUCAGACAAGCAGUGUGCUGAGAUGGGCUCCGACAUUUAGGAUCAUGGCAAGAGACCUGCACUUUUAUUUUCCCUUUUUUUUUUAAAAAAAAAAUAUUUGUUUACAAUUUCGCCUCGCCAUUCCGCCCUUCAUAUCGUGACCGUAAUUUCUCGAGCGUAGUAUGCUAUAUUUUGUACAAAGACUUCACUAUCAGGGGGGCCGCUCCGUAGGGGACCUAUUGUCAAAAACUUAAAAUUCAAAUAUUUUCAAAACCAAAACCGCCAGCGACCUAAAACCAGAACAGGCACUUCCCUUAGCCAUAUAUGAGUUUCCAUGAGCAGCGUAAUAAAAAAAAAUCAAAAUUGUUCCCUAAUGAAAUCCGAAUUAUUUUUUAGGUUACUAUAACCAGGGGUGCUCAUAAUUUUUUUGCCCAGGUUCUCAGAGGAGGACCUGGAGAUGUGACUUGGUCCUCAUUGAGCUUGAGAGCCGACUCGCCUAAUGCGAUAAAUUUAUGACAAGCUUUACUUAGAGCCAAUUAACUUUAAUUAAUUAUAUUAACAAUUAAUGCCUGAUUAACAUCAACUGGCACAACAAAAUUGCCAUUACUUUGAAGUGAAAUGUAAAGAAAUAAACAUAAACGCACCAAUUCAAAAUAAAGGGCAUUAUGCGGCUCCCACAUUAACUCCAAGCCUUUUUAAAAGUGGGAUGUCCUCCUCAUAAGACCUCAUUGAACGUGCAUGUUUAGCUUUGUAAAAUGCGAGCAAAAACACGUUUGUCAGUGCAUGGCGCUGUUUUCAUUACCUUUAUUCUGCCACUUGUCCAUAGGGCGAGUACGGUGCUGUCUGACAUUGAUAGUUUGCUUAAUUGCCACAUGCUCUCUGUUUUUUCGUGCUUUUCAAAGUUUGGAUGGCUGAAAUUCUUUGACCCUACAUAAAAUGCGCUGCUCUUAUCGGCGACAAUGGGAUUCUCACGGCACAUUUUGUACCGCAUUUCCGUGCGAGCAUCAUUUACUUCUAGCCACGGUACCUCCUGCAGCCACUUUUCAACAAAAGUCCUUUUUUCGGUAGCUCCGGUGACGUCUCUGUCGUUUGUCUGUCUUUUGACGGGGGUGGGGGAACACGGAAGUAAUUACUCAGUGUGGCCUGCCUCAUCGACAUUUUGAGAAGUUAUUUUCUCGUGUCCGCCGCAAAUACAAUGGUCAGCCAUCGGUACGCAAAAGCGUAUGGAAGCCGUUGAGGGCCAGCGCGUUUGUCUACGUCCAGUAUGCAUGCGCGCAUGCGGACCACUUAUGUGCACCCCUGACUAUAACAGAACUUAAAAUGACUAUGAAAUUGUCAGAUUUUAGGCUAGUUGCACAAAAAUCACCAAACUGCAGAGAUACCAUAAUUUUUGGACUAUAAGGCGCACCUGACUAUAAGCUGCACCCACCAAAUUUGACACAAAACAGCAUUUGUUCACAGAUAAGCCGCACUGGACUAUAAGCCGCAGCACUCCUCACUGUAUUAUGGAAUAUUUACACCAAAAGAUCGUAACCGGUAACACUUUAUUUGACAGCGCCACCGUAAGACUGUCAUAAGACCAAAUGAACCACCAUGAAGCUUUGAACCAAUGGGCUGAAAAGCUUCAUUGCUUCGAGAAGCCAGGGGUGGGAUAGUCAGGCAGCUGAAAAAAUAGCCCGUCCCCUAAAGGGGACACCGGGUGACUGGUAAUUAAAAGACUAGUCAACUAGAUAUUAGAAUUGGAAAACACAAAUAAAGUAAAGACCAGUGGUAAGUAGAGUGAAAAACGGGGGAUAGGACUCAGUGGCUGUACUUCCCCCAGCAUUAUAGCUCCUAGUGCAGCUUAGGCUGAAAUGUGAGUUCAGUCUUUUUUCAACAAGCCUGACCAUAAGCUUUUUCAAAUAGGAACGUUUUUAGUCUAAUCUUAAAUGUACAGACUGUGUCGGCCUCUUUAAUAUUAGCUUGAAGCUGAUUCCAUAAGACAGGAGCUUGGUAACUAAAGGCUCUCGCUCCUACUGUACUUUUAGAGACCCUGGGAACUACCAAUAGACCUGCAUUCUGAGAAGGAAGUAUUCUGUUGGGGUGGUAUGGAACUAGAGCAUCUGUGAGAUAAGAUGGCCCCAAACCAUUAAUGGUCUUAAAUGUAAGAAGGAGGAUUUUAAAUUUAAUUCUAAAAUCGACUGGAAGUCAGUGAAGGGCUUGGAGCACUUGGAUGAUGUGCUCUCUUCUAUUAGUUCCUGUUAAAAGUCUUGCUGCUGCGUUCUGGACUAGCUGAAGACCUUUUAGGGAACUUUUAGGACGAGCUGCAAGUAAGGAGUUACAGUAAUCCAAUCUAGAUGUAACGAACGCGCGAAUUAAUUUUCCUGCAUCGCUUUUAGACAGAAUAUUUCUAAUUUUGGCUAUGUUGCGCAAGUGAAAAAAGGCUGUUCUGCAGGUUUGUUUAAUAUGAGCUUUAAAUGAGAGGUCUGAUUGAAAUGUAACAUAAAAUAAAAGCCAGUUUAUUUUUUGUAUGGACACAGAAAUCAAUCAGAGGGGGUGGCUAUUAAAAAGAAAAUUGAAAAAAAACUUGUAAUCACUAUGAAAUCUGGAUGUCAAAAAUUAUUAUUCGAUGUUUUUUGCGUCCUAUAUGGUAUACUGGGGGCGGGUUUCAAUAAGCUUCGGCUUCUCCCGUCUGCCCUUUUCUUUCCGGGUUGAAUUAAUUGUAAACACAUAUAAAUGCUGUAUGUUUGUUUGGAUUUGUCAUGCCUGAAGGGAAAAUAAAUUUAAGAAAAAAAAUAAAAUAAAAUAAAUAAUAAAAAAAUGUCUAAAUUACUAUUUUCCAAUCCAACUGGACAACAAAAUAAAGAGCUUUUUAAGUAAAUGAAUGCAUACAUUCCAGAAUCUCUAAAUAUGAACAUAAAAGUGUCUAGAUUCUUGGUUAAAAGCAAAAAACACUGGGCAGUUAUCAGUCAUUUUACGUAAAUAUUUUAAGCUAAAAUUACGCAUUUUUUUUUCCAUUUCAUUUGUUUCACAACGUUUCAAAGUGGUGCCAUUUUAUGUAAUAUUUACCUUGACUCCUCGACCAAGACAUUCUUGAGACAUGCGUGUCUGUUUGUAUGCACUAAAACCUUCUUUCCCACCUAAAUCCGGCGUUCGAACGCAGCGUGUGUUUGAGUUUAUCGCAGUGAAAGCUGACACGACGCUCUGCCUGGCCUGGCCCCCUACGGGAAGGAGUGGCACAAUGUCUGUAGGAACUAUCUCGUCAACUGAUAGUGAAGUCUAUGAUUUUGUUGUUGCUACAAUUCAUGAUGAAUCAGGUUGGAUCACCUAAUACAUAGGUACAAUUAAGCCUGUCAUGAAAAACAAUAAGUCAAUUUAUCAGUAAAUAAAAAUGAGGCCGCUAAUUAUCUCGGCUGCGAUUUAUCACGGGUACGCACAAAUGUACGCACGCGUGUUUACGUGUGCUGCGUGCACUCGGCACAUGGGCGUGUUGAUUUCAUAUGAGACUCCAGUUCCUUUCAUAGAUGUUUAUUGGUCAUUAACACGUCAUAGAAUUAGAAUUCAGACAUAAAAAUAUACGGCAAAACAUCUGUAUUAAACAUUGUAACAUGUUAGCAUUGCUACAUUGAGGCUAAUGGAAAAAAGACAAUGUACUAACCAGUAUAGUCUGCUGUAAAACAUUGGCAGUGUUCUCCAAAAUGCAAAAUUGCGGUUAAAAGCUGUGACUUCAAACAUGAAAACUGGCUGGUUUACAGCAUUAGCUAACCGAAAAAAAGAAAAAAUAUCUAUUACUGACACCACAUGCAUGACAAAAAGAGAAGUGAACUUUUUAUUCCGGAGUGCAAAGCUUAUGGUUAACGGUUUAGCAAACAUACUUCUUGUGAACAUUUCAAAAUAAAAGCACAUCAUGUUCAACAUGUAAAUCAAGAUUUCUGGAGUUAAUCUCGCAUACUUCAGAUUCUACUCUUAAGAUGUAGCCUAAUAAGAAGCUACUUUACGUAGUGCGUUUCCGCCUCUGUUAAAAUCAAAGAUAUUGAAAGCAUCUUGUGUUUUAGAAUCGGUUUAACAAAUAAGGAAAUCGUUAAUAUUUUGCCUCAUCUACAUCAAAUUAUAAUCAAAAGAAGGAUUUAUACCAAUGCUUAAUCGUAGCUCGCAGCUACAGUACACGUACGUAAAAAGCGUAGCUGAUUACAGCUAUUUACCCCUUUUUUUCUCGUAGCAAUCGUACGACUUUUAUCUUGUAGUCCUUUUUUUUUCUUCUUCAUUUGGCCCUAAUACGUACUAUAUUACCACAACAAUAAUAGUCCUCUUAACGGACCCUCGUCCGUUGACAACUUAAAUCUUUUCUAAACACUUCAAAAUUCUCAUCUGAAAUUACAACCCGUGACAUCAGCAAUGAACAAAUCUAUGAUAGGAUGUGAUGAUUCGGGUCAUACACAUGCCAUAAAGAGCUUAAACGUUAUGUCAAUGUAUUAAGGUUGUUUUCACCGACUUAAACCAAAAUUACAUUAAUUAACCUGAAAUACCUUUCUGUGCAUUUUUCUCCCGGUUUCCAACUCUGCACCAAGCUUGCAACAGGAGAACUGAUGUGAUUUUCAAAAUAAAGCGUGUAAAGGAACAAUUUGUAUUUGACGUGCUAUUUCAGACGUCUUCUAGCAAAUAGUGUGUUACCAAUUAGCUAUAUACAGUAAAUUAAUUUUGACGUGUUGUUAAAUUAUACAAAUUAGAAUGUACCUUUAAAUCUUUGAAAAAAAAAAAAAAAAAAAAUCACAUUUGCAAGGCGUGACGGCUUUUAUUUUGGUGUGGUGGUCCGCCACAAUCUUUUAAUUGUAGGGGAAACCCUGCUGAUGAGGUUUGGGUGGGCCUACUCUAUAAGAGUUCAUAUGAAACUCGAGAAAUGACGGGACUUUGCACCGAGCAUGUUUCAAUCUUUCAAAUGCCUCAUUCAUUUGAAAGAAAGGUGCUUUUUUCCCUUAUUGUGCAUAUCAUUGUGUUAAGUCAUUUAAUUUAUUUUGUAUACAACAAUAGUUUAUCGUUUUUGCAUCUUUCUUUUGCUAUUGUCCCCCAAUUAUCAUUUUCUUCUUUUUCAAAAAAAAAAAACCUUCAUUGAAAUUUUCCUCACCGUUUUCCCUUAACAGCUGAAAACACCAAACGAUGCGACUUCUUGUUGCUGGAUCAGUAUUAUUACAUUAUGGAGUUACAAUUGGUAUUAUAUACUUGGUAUGUUGUAAUGCUAUACUGCAUUGUAAAAAUCAUUAUUGAUAACUGUCUGUAUUAACCACCUUUUUCAAACAUUACCCAUGUUUAUCAGACAAGUUUGUGACAUCUGCUCAAAAAUUACCCAAUGGGGUUAAUUGUACGGUAUUUAUCAAAAAUAAUAAAAUCUUUGUUACUAAAAAAAGACACUCCUUCUUUACUCAGUAACAAUUUUGAAGUUUUAAAGGGAUCCUCGAUUUGAGACAAGUAAUUCUUAAAAGAUAAAUGUUAGUAUGAGUUAGAAUAAUUUGGUAUUAAAACUAGGGCUGUCAAAAUUAUCGCGUUAACGGGCGUUAAUUAAUUUUUUAAAUUAAUCACGUUAAAAUAUUUGACGCAGUUAACACAUGCACUAAAUGACCCGCUCGCAUAUUGCCUCAAACAGAUUACAAUGAGGCCGUUUAUGGACAUUAAGAGUGAAGAAAAUGCCACCGGCCGCUUGGGGGCAGCGCCGUUCCAUACUCAUGUUAUUUCUUCUAAACGUGGGAGAAUUAGUAGUUUUGAGACGUUUAUGCUGUAUUCACAAUGCAAUGCAAAUUGCUAUUUGUGCUCCACACAUAUUUCAGUAAGUUUUCUUUCUUUUAGUGGCAAUUAUGUGUCUCUUGUUGUAUUUUGGGUAAGAUAUGUACAGAUAUAUGUUAUACAGUAAAGGCAAGUGGACACAGGCGUUCUUUGGACCGCACCGUUUAUUGGCAUAAGCUUCUCCUUCACAACAAACAUAAGUAUCGUUUAGUGAAAGCACAACAAAAAUAAUAUUCCUAUCCCUCCAAAAAAAAAAAUAUUGUUCACAAAAAGAAAAGCACUUCAGCCUAUAGUAAUGAGGCCCUAUUCUGACACACAGUUAAAAAACAAUGCAAAAUGAACUGGCAUUCCAUAUCAAAAUAGCUAUGCAAAAUACACGUAAAACUUAGACUUUGUUCACUCUAUUUUUUUUUUUUUUUUUAUUCUUAUUAUAUUAACUUUACUAUUGAUUGAAAAUUUUACAAAUUUUAUUAAAACAAAAAUAUGAAGAGGGGUUUUAAUAUAAAAUUACUAUAACUUGUAACUAUAACAAUUAUCUUUUAAGAACUACAAGUCUUUCUAUCCGUGGAUCACUUUAACAGAAAGAAUGUUAAUAAUAGCAUUUGUGGAUUUAUUGUUACAAUAAACAAAUACAGUACUUAUGUACAGUAUGUUGUAUGUAUAUAUCCGUCAUGUGUCUUAUCUUUCCAUUCCAACAAUAAUUUACAGAAAAAUAUGAAUAUUUUAGAGAUGGUUUGAAUUGCGAUUAAUUGCGAUUAAUUAAUUUUUAAGCUGUAGUUAACUCGAUUAAAAAUUUUAAUCGUUUGACAGCCCUAAUUAAAACCCCUCUUAAUGUUUUCGUUUUUCAUAAAAUUUAUUUUAUUUUUAAUUAUUUUAACUGAUAGGUCGCCAUUCUUGUUGACGUCGCAAUGCCCGCUGCCGAACUUCCAGCGUGUCACUCGUUAGCUACCCCAAAAUGUUGUCGGUUCUGCCCUUCCAAUUUGAACCAGAGCGGAAAAGUGAAGAGCAGGACAGCACUGUCGGUCGUUCACAAGACGAGCAGCAAAGGCAAAAUGCAAAGCAGGAAACACCUAAUAAGACUAGAGUUUGGGAAAACUGGUGAUGUACUUGGAGCAAGUGCAUCUCAAUGACAAUAGAGUGGGAGAGUGUAUGCUGUUGAGAACUCUGGUUUUUGUUAGCAGAUCUUCAAGGUGAGCUAUUGCGUGAUCAAACUUAUUAUUCCAACAUAAUUAUGUAGAUUGUUAGCAUCCAGAGCUGUCAUGUGCUUUACAUACAGUACAGGCCAAAAGUUUGAACACACCUUGUCAUUCGUUCAAUUUUAUUUUCAUGACUAUUGACAUUAUAAACGCUCACCGAAGGUAAUAAAACUAUGAAUGCACACGUGUGAUAGUCAGGAUCGGAGUCGUGUCGUGGCUGACGUCCUCAUUAAAUUCGUCAUCUGACGGGAACAAAUCCUGGGAUCGCGUGUCCUCCAUGUCUUGUACAUCCAACUCGCAUUUAGCUACUAAGGGUGUAACGGUACAUGUAUUCGUAUUGAACCGUUUCGGUACUUGGUGAUCGGUUCGGAACGGAGGCGUACCGAGCGAGUUUCUGACGUAAUGUCACCCCUUAUUUUUCGAGGCUGUGAGUCGAUCGGGUUACAGUUUCUUUGUGUAUAUUAUAUGUACUCCGUCUUCUCUACUAUAACGAGGACCAACACGGUAGGACAGUAAGAAACGUCAACGGCGCGACAACGUGCCCGCCGUGAGAACGCAGUGAAACGCGGCCGUUAAAGUCAAUCAGCCAAUGCACACCAGUCGCAGUGCGGCCGCGUGUUAGACGCAUCCCAGAAGCCGCUCAACGCAAUGCACGCGAAAAGAACAGCAGAGUUUAUUAUUUGACACGAGACGCAGCCCUCCUGCGUCAAUACUACUAGCUAGCAGACCGGAAGUCACUCGUGUAAAAAUACGGUGGAUCCGGUCGAUUUUUAAACUAAUAUGCAAUCGUAACACACUUUUUGAGUCCAUCAGAUCUCUUGAGUGCUAGAUCGGGGCACAAUUGACUUGUCUUUGUUGAUUUACAGUUGUCUUCUCUGCUAUAAUAAUAACCAACACGGCCCCGUGUUCAAUACAAAACCCUCCUACCACAACAAAACAACUAAAGAACUAAAGAUGUCCCAAUCGAUCGGCUUCCCGAUCGAUUGGGUCCGAUCAUGUCAUUUUCAAAGUAUCGGAAUCGGCAAAAAAAUAUCGGACAUGCCUUUUUAAAAAUAUAUACAUAUAUAUUUUAAUUAAAUCGUUUUCUAAUUGUAUUUCACGUUACAGACAAAAUGUCUGACACUCAUCCAGAGUCUUUAGUUUUGGCUUAAAGUAGGACUGUCAAAUUUAUCGUGUUAACGGCGGUAAUUGAUUUUUUAAAAAUUAAUCACGUUAAAAUAUUUAAUGCAGUUAACGCAUGCGCUGCACGACCCACUCACGCAUUGUCGCGUUCAAUCCAUAGAGGCGCCGUUUUACCUAUAUAUAUAUAUAUAGAGCUUAAAGGCAGUGUAAAAUGAGUAGAGUGAAUUUAGGCAGUCUUUGGAGCCUUUAUUUAAUUGGCUAAAGCCUUAAAAUCCCCCUCUCAACAAUUAAAAAUAUUGUGGGAAGCAAUGUGGGGAAGAAAGGUAGUAGUUAAUCUUUUUCUUAACACCAUAUGUUAUUUCUCAACGCAGAGUAUAUCAAUUGGUGUCACUAUGCACAGUCAUGGUUGCACUUCCCAUCAUGCAUUUGGGCAUAACAGUUAAAUGGCUACAGUAUCAUUUACUGAAAGCUCAACAAAUACACUAGAUGGCAAUAUUUAGUCACAAUAUACAAAGUCACAUUUAUCCUUUAAGAAUUACAAGUCUUUCUAUCCGUGGAUCCCUCUCUCAGAAAGAAUGUUAAUAAUGUAAAUGCCAUCUUUAGGAUUUAUUGUCAUAAUAAAUUAAUACAGUACUUAUGUACUGUAUGUUGAAUGUAUAUAUUCGAGUUUUAUUCAUUUUUUUCGUAAUGCAUUGCCAAAAUGUAUAUGAUCGGAAAAAAUUAUCGGGAAUGAUUGGAAUUGAAUCGGGAGCAAAAAAAAAAGCAAUCUGAUCGGGAAAUAUCGGGAUCAACAGAUACUCAAACUAAAACGAUCGGGAUCGGAUAUGGAGCAAAAAAACAUGAUCGGAACAAUCCUAGUAGGAACUAAUAUUCACAUAGGAACUUAAGUUAUACAACAUAAAAUGUACAAUAUAAAUGAAUACUACAUCACAUUUGUAAAAUACAAACACAAUACAACACACAAUACAAACACAUAAUAAAAUAAAUAAUAGCCCAUUCAAAUAAAAUAAAUUGAAAUGAGCUAAAACACCUGUAAUUAAAUAAUAAGAAUAAUACACAGAUCCUACUUACACAAUUAAAUUUAUUAAUUUCUGUGUGGAGCUUUAACUUGAGAAAAUCCACCAAUAAAGCUUUUGAAAACCGUUCAUAAGAAAAAAAAAAUCAUUGAGGCAUUUCAUUUGUAAAAUACAUGUUAAAAUCUUUGUCAUUGGGAUUGCAUUUCUCUUUAGCACAGGACUUUUUUCUUCUUUCUUUCAGAAAGAAAGCUGACCAAUACGCGGGGUCUGAAAGGCAAAUUGUUGUUGGAUUAUCUUUAAAUACCCGCUACUUUUUGAGCAGAAUUCUAGCUUUGUAUCCUAUUGUUGAAAGCACAAAGGUGUGUAAUAAACAACUAGCACAUUUAUAUUUUGCAUUUUGUUUUCUUACUGUACCGAAAAUUAACCGAACUGUGACCUCAAAACAGAGGUACGUACCGAACCGAGAUUUUUGUGUACCGUUACACCCCUAUUAGCUACAUAAAGGUGGUCCAUAUUAAAUGCUCGGCGCGCAUCAGCUGGCCACUGCACUGCUGCAUUGGACGUGUCUGGAUCAGUUUGAGUGGCAGCAUCACUCAUACUAGGUGAAUACUGAACAAACUCACUUACUGCCUGAUGAACUGACAGUAGAGGUGAAUUAUUAGCUUCCUCUGUGACUAGCGGUACGCCCAAAGGUUCGCCUACCACUGUAUAACGACAGGAGCAGCUUGCCUGCUUAAGAGAGCGGCCAGAGUUGUUUGUCUUUUGCGCUUUAUUGCUCGCAUUUCACUUGCUAUCCGGGGGCGUUGAGGCUUCUUGUGAUGGAAAAUAGUUGGAACAGCAUUUGAUUUUAUUGCUUUCUAUUCCUCUUGUGCUUAUCUUCAUUGCUGAUUUAAAUUAUUAUUAGUAGUAGUAUUUGUUUUUAUUAGGGCUGUCAAACGAUUGAAAUUUUUAAUCGAGUUAAUUACAGUUAAAAAAUUAAUCGUAAUUAAUUAAUUUUUCUGUAAGUUAUUGUUGGAAUGGAGAGAUAAGACACAAGACGGAUAUAUACAUUCAACAUACGGUACAUACACUAAGUACUGUAUUUGUUUAUUAUAACAUUAAAUCAACAAGAUGGCAUUAACCUUAUUAACAUUCUCUUAAAGCGAUCCAUUGAUAGAAAGACUUGUACUUCUUAAAAGAUAAAUGUUAGUACAAGUUAUAGAAAUUUUAUAUUAAAACCCCUCUUAAUGUUUUCGUUUUAAUAAAAUUUGUAAAAUUUUCAAUCAAAAAAUAAGCUCGCCAUUGUUGAUGUCAAUAAUUACACCAUGCUCCCUCAUUGUGCUGAAACCCAUAAACUCAUUUAGACCCAAGCGCCAGCAGAAGGCGUCAAACACCAAAAAACAAGUAACAAGCGGACAUUACACUGCUGUCAUUUUAAUCUGUUUGAGCGGGGCAUGUGCGUUAAUUGUGUCAAAUAUUUUAACGUGAUUAAUUUCAAAAAUUAAUUACCGCCCGUUAACGCGAUAUUUUUGACAGCCCUAGUUUUUAUGUAUAAUGUUAUUUCCUAUUUCGAUUGUCUGUUUUUACGUUCGAUUGAUUUUAAUGUGAUUUUUAUGAUCUUCAUGUGAUUUAAAGCAAAGUAAAUAAAUUUCCCUUGCCUUGCCCUACACAAUUGGAAACCUCCCAAUUACGUCAUCACUCCGAGCCCGUAAAACAUGGCGCCAACUAUCGGUCAAAAUAUGUACUAAAUAUUAUAAAAUAUUGACAAUGAUUUAACAUUUUAUGUGUUUCUAACAGCAUAUUUUAGUACAAGAGAACAAUUGUGCUUUAUUAGAACCUACAUGUCUUUAAGAUCGAGGAUCCCUUUAAUGAUCACUUAUAGAUCUUUUUCGACCAAAUAUUGAGCCUACAUUUGGUCCGCAGAGUUCAGACAUUACUUUUAAAGUGCAUCUGACACGAAAAAGCAUGUUUAUUUCAUAACGCACGCAGUAUUUUAUGCUCCUGAAUGAUAUGGACCACUUGGAUGUGUGUGGAAGCGAUCGCUAUAUUUAUUUAGUUUUUUUAAUCCCGCGCCAUGAAAAUGAGUGACUUCCGGCUUCGGUCUUCAAUUGAGGAGGAGGGCGCUGUGAUGUGUAUGGAUGAAGGCGUCCUCUUCUCUAUACAGCCGUACUGUUGUGUAUGAGGACUAGGAUUUAGCGGAUUUUGCGGAUUAACCCGUUCAUUUUUCGCAUCACGCCAGCCAAACGGCUGCAGAAAAAUCUUGCUGUAUGAGGGAGAGGCGUGUGCGCCUUUUUGGAGUAUCAAAAGUUUCCCAUUCACCGUGGAUAUUGGCCAAGCCCUACUACUGUGGGACCAUUGGACUUAUGAGGAAGUGAGUAAACAUCUUGUUUUGUAUUACAUCAAAUAUUAAUACAGCGAUUACAAAGUAAACACUACAAACUUUCUUUAAAUAAAGGACUACUUACGUUUGAUCAUUGAGAGGCAUGUAAAAAGCUCUCCUCGUGCACAUUAGCUGCACAACAACUGCAGCCGCCCUCCUCCGGGGAACGAGCUGUAAAUUGCUCUCCGCCGGGCUGUUUGCCGAUCCGCGAAGACAAUCGACAACCCAGUCGUCAUGUCAAAUAAUCCAGGCUAGUUAUGUGUCAUUUUCCGCUUCGAAGACUUUGAAACAUCACUCGGUUCGGGUUAGCUUGUCGGCUAGCUGUCACGCCUCUUGGUUUGUUUACAUUCUCCGAAGCCGGGGAAGGGAAAUGACAUAUGUCCGAUUUAGGUGUCAUAAAAUAUCGUUCGGGAGGUGUGACAGUAAAGGUGAAGACGACAGUUUUGACCAUUAUGGAGUAAUUUUGCCAUGUUGUCCUGAAUAAGUGCAUUUUUAUUAUUUCAUAUUCCAUUUAGCACAAGACUGUUAUUUGUCAUGACCAUGCCAUUUAUUUAGCAGUUGGGGAAAAUACUUGGAUAAAAAGAAUAUCCUGUAAAAAUAUUGAAGUAAAGAGACAGAAACAACGACAUUUUGCAGAUCUUUUCGUCGCGUUUUCCUCGUUCUGAAUAGUUCCCCCUCGACGGGCUGACUGGUCCUUGUCAAGCCAUUUAUUUAGCUAUUGUGGAAAAAUACUUGGAUAAAAAGAAUAUCCUGUAAAAAUAUUGUAGUCGAGAGACUGAAACAAUGACAUUUUGCAGCUCUCUUCGUCGCGUUUUCCUCGUUCUGAAUAUUUCCCCCUCAA